ACAUCAGGCAUCCGGAAGAGCUCUCCCUUUUGAGGAAACCCAGAGAUCCAUCCAAGAAAAAAAAGAAGAAGUUGGAUGAUCAAUGUGAAGACGACGCCUUCGAGCUGGAGGGUCCACUGAUCACGCCGGGGUCCGGAAAUAUAUACUCGAGCCCAGGACUGUAUAGCAAAACCAUGACGCCCACCUACGACGCUCACGACGGCAGUCCCCUGUCACCCACCUCAGCCUGGUUCGGCGACAGCGCCUUGUCGGAGGGGAACCCGGGCAUCCUGGCCGUCAGCCAGCCCGUCACCUCCCCAGAGUCCUUAGCAAAAAUGUACAAGCCGCAGGCGCUGCUGGAUAAAGCCAAAAUCAACCAAGGAUGGCUGGAUUCCUCCCGGUCACUUAUGGAGCAGGAGGUGAAAGAAAACGAGGCUUUGCUGCUCCGGUUCAAGUACUACAGCUUUUUUGACCUGAAUCCAAAGUACGACGCGAUCAGGAUCAACCAGCUGUACGAGCAGUCCAAAUGGGCCAUUCUGCUGGAGGAGAUCGAGUGCACGGAGGAAGAAAUGAUGAUGUUUGCGGCGCUGCAGUACCACAUCAAUAAACUGUCCAUCAUGUCCUCGGAAAACCACCUGAACAACAGCGACAAGGAGGUGGAUGAAGUGGAUGCUGCACUCUCGGAUCUGGAAAUUACUUUGGAGGGCGGCAAAACGUCGACGAUCCUGGGUGACAUCACUUCCAUCCCGGAGCUCGCCGACUACAUUAAAGUCUUCAAGCCCAAGAAGCUGACGUUGAAAGGCUACAAGCCGUACUGGUGCACCUUCAAAGAUACCUCUAUCUCCUGCUAUAAAAGCAAAGAGGAAUCCAACGGGACUCCUGCACACCAGAUGAACCUGAGAGGAUGUGAAGUUACCCCUGAUGUGAACAUCUCUGGACAGAAGUUUAACAUCAAACUUCUGAUUCCCGUGGCGGAGGGAAUGAAUGAGAUCUGGCUUCGCUGCGAUAACGAGACGCAGUACGCCAGCUGGAUGGCCGCCUGCCGCCUGGCCUCCAAGGGCAAGACGAUGGCCGACAGCUCCUACGGCAUGGAAGUGCAGAACAUCCUCUCCUUCCUGAAAAUGCAGCAUUUGAACCCAGACCCGCAGCUAAUCCCGGAACAAAUCAACACCGACAUUAAUCCCGAGUGUCUGGUUUCUCCUCGCUACCUGAAAAAGUACAAGAACAAGCAGCCAGGCUAUGUAAGAGACUUGAUCACGGCACGCAUCCUGGAAGCCCACCAGAACGUUGCUCAGAUGAGUCUCAUCGAGGCGAAGAUGCGGUUUAUCCAAGCCUGGCAGUCGCUGCCGGAGUUCGGCAUCACGCAUUUCAUCGCAAG